CAACUCUUUCCUUCCUGUAAGCUCCUUUUUUCCCCCCUCUUUUAAAUUAAAGUGCUCAGGUGCGCUCCUCUGCACCAGCUGGGCUUUUCCCAGCUUUUGUUUUUUUAAUUAGACAAGUCUGAGAAGAAGGAAGAACAAGUGCGUGUUUGUCGUUUGGAUUCUGGACUUCUUUUACUGACUUUUCCUUUUCUGCAUCAAACAUGGAUGUGUUGGCGAAUUACAGUAUUUUCCAGGAACUCCAACUCGUCCAUGACACUGGUUAUUUCUCCGCGAUGCCUUCCCUGGAGGAGAACUGGCAGCAGACAUGUCUAGAGUUGGAACGGUACUUACAGACGGAGCCCAAGCGGCUCUCAGAACUCUUUGACGAGGAGCUGGAUUGUCUCUUAACGCCAGCAUUCAUGCAGGGUGGCGACAGUGAUGAGGAUCUGAUGGACCCCCUUCUCCCCAGCCUGCCCGACCAACCCAGCCCGCCUCCAUUACUUGUAACGCUCCCAAAGGUUCAGGCCAAGAUCCUCCAGGUGCCCAACCUCAGCAAGAGCCAGGCGGAAGCAGGGACUGAAACCCUUACAACCAAGGAGACAGCUCAUGGAGGCGUGAACGCUGCACAGCUUAGUGCUGCUGUUACAUCCCUAACACCGCCAUCAUCACCAGAACUUGGGCGCCACCUCAUCAAACCCACACAAACACUUACUGCGACAGCAGACGGUACCUUAACGCUCAAAUUUGUGGCAAAGAAGGUAGGCUUAAGUGCCGCUAAGCUGGUGGCAGCGCGAGCGUUACCGUCCCCGCCGAGCAGAGGAGGGGCCCUCAGUGACAGUGAGCAGGGAGGAGGAGGUAGUCUGCCAGGAGACGUACCAGAGAACAAGAAGAGAGUCCACCGGUGCCAGUUCAAUGGCUGCAGGAAGGUUUACACCAAGAGCUCCCAUCUGAAGGCACAUCAGAGGACCCACACAGGUGAGAAGCCCUACAAGUGCUCAUGGGAGGGCUGCGAAUGGCGUUUUGCCCGCAGUGACGAGUUGACACGACACUACCGCAAACACACCGGAGCGAAGCCAUUCAAGUGCAACCACUGCGACAGGUGUUUCUCUCGUUCGGACCACCUGGCCCUGCACAUGAAGAGGCACAUCUGAGGGUGAAAGGAGAACGAGCUGGAGAGAGGAAGAAGCAGGGGGAGGAAGAGGAGGAGGAGGAGGAGGAGGAGAAAGAGGAAGAAGGAGGGAUGGGCAGUCUAGCCACCAACAGCCCGCCUCAUUCACCCAGUCCAAAAACAAGUCAGCAGCCAUAAUGCACGUCCAUCUGAAAGGGCCAUAAAGAUCAGACGGAAUGACGGCCCUCCCAUGGAAGGCGGUGAUUGGAGGAAAAUGAGGAGUAGAUAGAUUGUUGUUUUUCUUAAAAAAUACACAUUCACACUCUCGCAGUAGUAAACAGUCAAUGCACUUGUCUUUUAAUGCAUCAUCCCGGUGACCCCCGGCUGCUGUCAUGUGGCUCCGGGGGAUUGGACACUGCCAAAUCAACGUACACUUAACUCGCUUGACAAAACAUAACACACCACCUUUUUUUCUUUCUCUGUUUUCAACGUGUUUAGUCACUUUGGGUGAGGAGGUAGUUUAGUGGAGUAACUUUAAAUAUCCGUAUAGUCAGUCGUUAGUGCUUUACCAGCUUCUGAAAUCAAAUACUCAGCUUUUUUUCAUUGUUUUUGUAAUGUUUUCAUACUCGGAAAAUAUCAGAAAUCAUCAUCUGCUGCAGUCAGCUUCAGUAAUUUACGUGAAGAAAACAACAAUGGCAAAUCUGCAGGAGAGAGACUGUACAGAUUGACUUCUAGCAUGGCUGACAAUCGAACCCAGGGCUCGGUUGCUGGGUGUUUUGGUGCACCCAUGGGACCUCGGUCAGCGGGUGCUACGGCAACUCUCAGGCUCUCCUCCAGUGGGUGUUUGCAUCUCACCUUCACCGAGACGCCUGCGGCCUCCACUGGCUAUCUGACAGAAAUGCGCAGCGACACUUUCUUCCCUUUUUUAUCUACUAAGAGGACAAUACUUGUUUUUUUUUGUUAUUACAAAGAAUGAUACUUUGUUUUUCUUCUCUCUUGGAGAAAAUGUCUUAAAACUCAUUGAAUUGUUAGAGAGAGAGAAAACUGAAAAAUCCACGAUGACUUCAACGGAAUGUGUGGGAUGAGAAGGAAGAGCAUUGUUGGUCUUUUAAUCCCCAUGUGAACUGACUUUGCUUCUGCAAGUCUGUAAGAAACCAGAGAAUGAACGAAAAGCAGAAUCAUACCAACUCUCAGAAAACGGAUUUGUGUUUUUUUGGACAAGAACGAAAGCAGAGAGCAGAGAGGUCUUCAGUUUAUUGUGCUGCUCCUGCUGCCCCGCGAUUCACUGGAGCUGAAAAACAGGACCCUGCUUUACCCUCCAUGGACUCGCACACUAUCAGAGUCAGACGGAGGACUCGCUUAAGAAACUUGGUCUGUUGUCUUGUUUUCUCUUUGCUUUUUGUUGAUUCUGAAGUCAUCCUGGAGCGCUUUCACAGACUAGUACUGCUCGGCAAGAAAGGAGGCUAAAGAGUGGCUUUGAGGUUUUUCUCACGGGACUGAAGAUGCCAGCUAACCUCUGUGUGGUGGUACUGAACAGACGGUCAUACUGGCCUGGUCAAAUUUGCCUGUUUCGUAUCCAUUGACAGCACUGAUUUUUUUAAUAUAUAUUAUCUGUGCUUUUUUUUCUACGGCAGAAAAUAUGGAAAAAGAAGAAAAAGAAGAAAAAAAAAAUCAAAAAAAGGCUUGGAAAAAAUACAUAACAAAAACAAUUCUGUUUUGCUCUACACGUUGCAUACAAAGCAAACACACACACACACACUACAGUUUCUUUGCUUGCGGCUCUUCGUGAGAUAAGACUAAUAAGAUUUAGGGAAAGAAUUAAUAAACUAAUGAACAAAGUCAGAAAACAAAACACUGCAUGGCAGGCUUUAUUGCAAAUGCACACACACACACCAGCUCACAAGGACACGCACACACAUGCACACUCUUCCAGGAAUUAUAUGUUCUGCUCCCAAAUCUUUUUUCACAGUAGGAAAUUAGUGACUGUUGUUUAGUAGAAGAGUAUCUUAGCUCUCAGCUGGAGGUAACAAACGCUUUCAAAUCCUUUGAAGUGAGAAAUCAGCUUGUUCUCACUUCCAACAAUCACCCACAUACCCCUCGCUACAGUUUGUGCCUCUCAUUUAAUCAGCAUUUUUCACUCCCCACUCUGGUUACAUUGUUGGUGACAAUGAGCCAUUGGUUUCAGUAUAAACGGAAACAAUUUCUCGUGGCGUGAGCGUACAGAAAAUGUUUAGAAUCGUCACCGACGCUUCUGUCCCUCCCUCUUGGCCCAUACAACAUGAAAACCAGCAUUCUCACACCCACUUUUUACUCCUGGAAAAGUCCGACAAAAACAUGAGUGACGCCUUUAGGGGAAUGGUGGUAAUAGCCAUUUCUCUCCUUUUUAUUUUUAACGUGUGUCGUUGAAAUCAUCACUGCACAUUUGAAAUUCCACUCCACUAAUCAACAGUUGGCACAAAUAAAUAAACAUGACACGGGAUUCCAGAUAUUUCUGCCCAGCUGGCGCGCUCGCUAACGCGUGGCAUUGCACGGAACAACGUUAGACUCACGUUUGAUGAAAACAAUGGCUUAGUUCUGUGACCUGAAUGCAAUUAUUUGACUUGAAAAUGUCAAAUAUAAGAAAUGUUGCAUGAUGAGAGGCAGAAACUGGUGCGACCACAUCCCCCACCGCUCCGGUUUCUUUUGCUUUGCGGUUGCACAAGAAAUACACCUGCCUUGCAUUUAGGGCAUUAACAAUACGGCCAACAUCGGUAGUAAAAGUCAGUAUGUUUCCAUGCACAGUUUGAUUGGACUUCUGUUUUUGUUACAGUAUACAGGGAAUCAGUUUACUGAAUGAACCUCCAUCAUAAUAGGUGACAGUAUUCCCCCUUUUCUGCUUGUUAGUAGUAGACACUUCCUGGUUGACCUGUUUGGUCUCAGAAGACAACGGUUAGCGUUAGCAUGUCCAGUGCCAUGUAGUGUCGUUUUUACCAUCCAUUAACUUCAAGAAAUGUAAAUCUUGAAGCUGGCAGAGCAUAAAUUUGGUCUCUUUGUCAGUCCAAAAAUGUACAACUCUGGAUUUGGCUAUGUUUAUUUUGCUGCUUUCGUCUUCUUCUGUGCCAGGAGGUGGUAACUGCGGAGCAGGAACUCCUUAUCGCAUGAUCUGCGAUUGAGAAAUUCAAUUUAGUAUAAUUUCAGUCAGACUAACAUGUAUUUUAAAAGUCCAAUUUUAGUCAGACUAACACAAUAACUUAAUGUGAACAUACUGAUGGACUACCAUUUGCCAACCACCACUUGUACUGUUGUGCCCUGUCGCGUAAAGUCCAAUGCUCGGUGCUGCUCACUGGUUUCACAUCCCUCGUGUCCCGUCAUCACGCCAUUUGGGCAUUCACUGGGAGAAACAGUGAAAACAUUCCCCUUUAGGAGGGGGGUUCAUAAUGCAGCUUCGAACAAUCACUAUCAAAAACCUCCAGCUUGGAACUUCAUCUUCAUGGUCAGGAGAGAGAGCAGCAGCUCUCCCUGCUUACUCGUUUUCUGCAAAAUACAACGUACAUCAACACACAUUUCAGAUGAAACCAGUGUUAUUUUUCAUUUCACGUCACUGUUACUGGUUUGGGUGAAUCCGUAUCAAUGGUUGUUUGGCAAAGUCAUGCCAAAAAAAAAAAUGUCGAGACAUGCAAAAGGGAAAGAAGAAGGAGCCCUCAUAUAAAGAUGUACAAUCAGAGCGGCAUAGAGAUCGUAGCACUUUUCUGAGGCUUUUAAUGACGUGAAUGUGUAUGUGUGUGUAUGUGAUGUGUCCCAUUUCGGCAAACUGUGUGAGGGAGGCAGCGAUUCAGCAAACUUGUUUUCAAACUGAUGAACAUGUGUGCAGCCACGUGGGAGAAUUGGUGGUGGAUGUAUUUGCUCUUGGAAAAUACUUUUAAUCAAAGAAAUUGGCCCACAGUGUUUUAAUUAGGAUUUUUGCGCUGACCCUUCAUUCAUUCAUGUAUUUGUUAAAGUCGCGGAGCUCGACCACAUCAGUCAAUUAGAUGCAAAGUUGCACUUAAUAUUAAAGCACGUUAAAAGCAGACAAGUUAAUUGAAAUUUAAGAGACACUAAUGGCUCAUUAUACUAUAUCAUUUAUUUUUCUCCUUCCCGUAAAUAUCAGGAUUAUUUAUUGUUUGUUCUGGUCGUUAAAGAACUGGUGAAAUAACAAUAAUGAUGAUUCUACGACAAAUAUUCUAAUUUAACUCUUAAUCUUAAAAUGAUCAUUUGCAGCACUGCAGUUUAAUUAUUAAAGGAAGCCAGAUGCAGAAUCAGCAGCUCAUUUGCAUUUUGUAGUCAUUGGUUCUCACACAUUUUUUCUUUUUUUUUUUUUAAACGACUCAUUUUAUAAGCUGCUAAUUCCCCGAGAGGACCUGAUUUACAGACGAGAGGCGCUAUCUUGCAGCUGGAAUUCAACAUUUACAUACACAGUGACUGAAAACCAUUUUAAUUGAGCUGAUCAUUUAAAAAUAACCAUCCUAUUUCAAAAUAUGAUGAGCUUCAAAAAGUUGUUGUUUUUCGGGAAUGGAUUCACUGAGAAACGAUGUGAAAGUACAGCACUGGUGGAUAUUUUAUUUUAUUUUGGAGCAUAAAUUCAAUGCUGUGUUGAAAUGUGCUCUUUAAUGAAAUUCCAUCAUGUCACGUGUCACUUCUGAUACCAAUUUACAUUUGGUCUCCCCCCAUGUCUCUCAGCUUGUUGGAGCAGGUUUUCUGUCACUGUGUUGCUCCAGGUCUCCCACCGUCUCUCAGACUCCUCCGGGCACAGCAUGCUUCCGUCUCACUGCUCUGAUUAGCAUUAAGCACUGUACCAGGUCCUGCUCUCUAGUUGCAGUUCAGUUAAUGAGAUGGCUCUGGGUCACAGGGAAACUGAGCAGCGACCAGACUGAUGCGAGCGGCCUGUACCCAGUGGACAGAGUUGAUAUCGAAAAAGAAAUGCCAGGAGACAGCGAGAGGUUUAACUAUGUGAACAAACUCAUUAACAAUUUGCCCAUUAGUAAAACUGCAUUUUAACUGUGUUACAGAUAAAAUAAAGUCCCUUCAGCUAUUCAGCUCACCCUGUGUCCUCCAACCCUCCCUUUUCCUACCCAAUUUAAGUGCCAUUCAUCAUUUCCCCCCAUCCUGACCCCAUCUGUCCCUCUCUGUCCACAGCAGUUGUCCAUGCACUAUCAGCUGCAGGAAUGCUGAAUGCACACUUUACACAUUUUGCCCAAAGAUUUGCAUAUUUGCAAGUUAACUGCUGUGAAUGUAGUGGAAGUAGAGGAAUGAGCCAAAAGGCAGUGCUAGGAAAAUUUGUGAUGGAUGGAAGCAGGAAGGAGAGGGACUCUUUCUUUUUUACACACGCGUCCCACUAAAUUACCGGUAUGCUCCUAAUCUUCAUGCUUGGUAUCAUUUUCAUUCUCCUGUCCACUGUCAGCUGGAGCCAAACUCAUUGUUCACAAAUGUAAAAUAACGUUCUCGUUGUCUUAUAGGGGGCGCACUAUAGUGGCGCCAGCAGCUUAAGCAGGAAUGAAGUAGCUUUAGUUUAAGUUAGCUUCUUAGCACACUGCAAAUAGCACUAUCAUGUCUCAUAUUUCAAAAAGAGUGAAAAAGUGGACUGGAGACUUUGGAAAUGUUUAAUCGCCAACAUCGAAUGAGUUCACCAUUCCUUCAAAUCAAUUGGUCAAGAGAGAUGUACUAAAGGAGCUUUCACACUGGCAGGUUUGUUCAAAUGUGGGAAGAGGUCUUUUACAAAUAUUUCUGCAAUCUGAAAUCACUGUUAGGAAAUCUGCUCCAGUUUCUUUCUCCAGCGGUUGGUGCCGCGAAAGACAAAACUUGCCAUGAUGACGCAAAACCCUCUCUACCAGUAGGAUCACAGUGGUCCAUGUUUUUGUUUUUGGAUCUCACAUUGGGUCACAAAAAUUCCUAAAAAGAACCUUAUUGAGGAAAGAGAUGUGCAAACGUGACACAGUUCAAGGGCUUGUUUGUUCCAAUAUAACCUGUGAUUUACGACCUGAAAUAGUUCCUCACAAACCCAGUGUGAAAACAGCCUGUCGACAUCAUUUUCUAACAAAAUACAUUCUCCACAGUUUUCCACCAUGUCACCCUGAAGAAGGAUUGUUACUACUGGCAGCUUUUGUAAAUAGCUCGAGAUCGUACAGACUGCUCUGUGUGAAUUUAACUGUAUAUGUGGCGACAGCACUGUCUCAGACAUUUCAGCAUUUCUUAUAGAUUUGUUUUAGCUCUUGCAUUCAUUGCACUACAUGAUCAUACUUAGCUUUUGCACUCUCCUUGUCCGCUCACUGUUAGCAUAGUCUGUUGGAGCACUCUGUCAAAUAUCCACUUAACAUGCGUUGCACAUCCUGGAUGCACUUUGCCACCAAGAACCAUUUACAAUAGAGGUCCAAUCGCGAAACAUCAGACUGACAUAUCCACUCCCAAUGCAAUGCCUUUUCAUCACUAUCAGUCUGGGGGAAUAUGUUGUACUUUAGUCAUGCUGUGACUAAAGUAGACCUUUCUUGGUAUCAGUCGCAUCCCGGAGUGUGUGUCUGUCCGUAACUACUGUGUUUGUCCAUCCUUGAUGUGUCAGUGUAUAAGAGAUUCACAGACCUAUACCCCUCUCCUUGUGUCUGUAUGUUUCACCUCACCUUCACCACACCCUCUCUACCAAAAUCCACAACAGUCAGAGCCCACUGGGGGCCCAACAUGCGCAUAGUCCUUAGAUAUGUUCUCAUGAGCUAUGGUGCUUGGGCGCCCCAGGCAGUUCUAAGUUAAAACUGCAAUAACGUCCCCACCUUGCCAGCGAAAUGUCCUUGGUCAAAUUGUUUAACUUAAGUUGACCCAUUGUCUACGGUGCUUUUCCAUCCUUUCCAGUUUAUCUGCUCAGUUUGUCUCUGACGCGUGAACCUUUCUUGUUGUUUUUGCAGAGGGAAGAAUUUGCCCCAUUGUUUCAUUUGCCAGUAUGAAAAGAGGAUUGGUACCACCAAAAAAAAUUCUGCUUGUCUUUGGUAUCAAGCUAAGUCAUGCACCGCAUCCAAUAUCAUAUCAAUCUAUGUCAGCUACUAAAAUCACUGAUGUUAUCAUGUGGUUUAAUCGUAUCAGUCCCUGCUACAAAAGCUACAGUAAAUAAUAGAUACCCUGGAAUGUUUAGUUUUUUUCCAACAAGCCUGAAAUACAUUUAAUUAUGUGUUGCAGUGUAAUCAUCUGUUCAGCUGCAAUCUGUAAUUUUCCUACUUCUACAAUAAAAAAGAAAACCAAUCUCCUCCACACAGGAAACAAUUGCAAUCAAUUUACUGAAAUUGAUUGCCAAACAAAAGUUGCAACAAAACUGAUACAAUUCAAGUUAGGUUCUAGAUUAUUAUUUAUUUAUAUUUAAAAACAUCUAUCACUUUAAAUCCUCUUUGUCCGGGUGGCACAAAA